AUGGCGGGUGUGUUCAAGAACGUAUUUGGCAGCCAGCCAUCUGGCGCCGGCUCUGAUGAUGAUUUCGCCGACUUUGUCGAAGCCCCGAAUCCAUCGCCUGCGUCCAUUAUCGCUGACUCGACCACCAUCGCGGCUGCUAAUACGCUUGGAGCCACUGCUCCUUAUACAGCAUGGUACCGGAUAUGGGAACGGACCUCUCCCAAGGAUUUCAUGCAGGAGGCUAUGAUCAUGCCUUUCGUCCUACUCCUAGUUCUCUUCCAUGUCUGGGGUACGCGGAAGAACCGCCGCAAGGCGCGUGAGUGGGCCCAAGCUCACAUCCCUUCCCUCCAGAAGGAGUUUGCUGUCGUUGGAUUUGAUGGCAUUGCCCGCACCAGCGAUGAUGAGACCAUCACCGUGCAAUUGGCCAACCCGGAGAAGAGCCUGAAGGAGAAGUCAGCCCACGAGUUCUCUACUUAUGCGACUGGUCGCCAGAAUGUUGCUUUCCUCGACAUUUCCCUGAAGAUGCCCAAGCGCUACAACCCCAUUACCUACCUUAUGGAGUACGCCUUCAGCUUCUUCUUUGAGAGCUGGGAGGCCCCUAGUGAGAAGUACGAGGCUCUGAUGUACGCGUUUGAUGGCAAGGAGAAGGAUUUGGUUCCGGUCUUCGCCAAGGAUACUCCCCCUGAAAUGGUUCACAAGAGCCACAUGCGCAAGUUUCGUACUGAUCGCUACGAUGCCUCGAUUACCUUCUCCAAGGACCACCCCAAGCUUCCCUCUUGGGUUACUGUGAUGUCCGAGAGCGCUGAGAUCACUGAAACUCUUCUCACCAAGGAGCUCAUCCAGGCCAUCGAGCAGGCUGGCAAUGACUUUGAGUUUUUGAUCGUGACUGACCAGCCCGUCGAUAAGCCUACCAAGAUUGAUGAGACCGUUCCCAAGAAGCGUGUUCAGCUUUCGGUCAACCUUUCGUCCGCCGCCGGUUAUGCCGCUACCGUUCCCCUCUUCAACCAAUUCUUGCGCUUCGGAGAUAAGCUUGUCGCAGCUGCCCACUUCCGUGGUGAGGUCCUGCGCAAGGUUCGCAAUGUUCGCGAGGACGAAAUUAAGAAGCUGCGCCGUGUUGAGGAGGAAGAGAAGGCCGAGGAGCGCAAGUUGGCUGCUGAAAAGAUCAAGAAGGAAGAGCGCGAGCGUCUUCUGCGUGGUAUGACUGCCGAUGAGCAACGAAAGUAUCUGGACCGUGAGAGUCAGAAGGAGCAGCGUCGGUCGUCGAAGCGCAUGACCCGUAAGGGUUAA